AACAGAAACAGCUGCUGUUCCCGUUCACAUCUGCGCCCUUGAACAGAUUAUCUGCAGGGCUGCGUGGCAAACUAUUUGAUAAAGUCAUAAAAAGCUGCUGUCUGUUUAUUUUUAUUUAUUUAUUAUUAUUAUUAUUAUUAUUAUUUUUUAAUGGAAAUGUGCGUGUAAACUUAACAAGCGGAUUUAAGUUGACGUUAAAUUAAAAUUGUUUUACAACCCUUUUCUCCAAAGGUCAGUUAGUUGAAUUCGGCUGAUCGGAUAACUUAUCGCGGAUAUUUAUGGUGAUAUCCGGAUAGUUAUUUCUGCCACUUAACGAUUCAUGUUUAGCUAUAACCCUAAGAAACCACACCAUUUUCUACUUCUGCGAUCAAUGAUGUUGUGUUCAUAUGCUGGUGUGCAAGUGUCAUAGCGUUACUUCCAUUUUCCAGUCAGCUGCUGUACAGCCAUGCAUUCACGUGUUAUUUUCGUGGAAAAUCCAACCCGGAAGACAAACUCAGAUGGAAUUUGAGAUCAAGCACACCUGGGACAGCUACCCCGUGAUGCAUGAGCCUGUCACCAUCAAGUUCUCUCCUGGGGCUGGGGGCCUGCAUAUGGAAGUGUUUGCUCCCUUCUUCGAUGAUCCCAAAGCCCCUGCAGGACCCCCUGGCCAGCCCUUCCCGGGACUCUGGGAUUACGAAGUGGUGGAGUCCUUCUUCCUGGAUAGUACCACUGAAAACUACCUGGAGGUGGAGGUUUGCCCACACGGACAACACUUGGUAUUAUUGCUCUCGGGAAGAGGUCAGGCAUUCCAGCAACAACUGCCCCUGUCGUUCAAUGCCACAAUCACGUUUGGCAAAUGGAAAGGCGAGGCUCUCCUCCCCUGGGAGUACUUCCCUCCCAACGUCAACAAGAUGAACUCCUAUGCCAUCCAUGGCUCAGGACUGGGCCGUACAUAUGAGGCCCUCUACCCCGUCCCAAGAGAGGAAAUAGUAGAGGGCCAAAAGCCCAACUUCCACCUCCUGGAAUAUUUCCAAGACUUCCGCCUGCAAAGCAUCAUGGGAGAAGACUGGGUUCAGCCAGAGUCUGAUCUCUGGAAGGGAAAGUGCUGAGCAAUGCAAAAAAAAAAAUAGUCUCAUACAGACACACACACACACACUCACACACUCACACUAGAACACAGUGUCAGGGCGACAGCA